AUGUCGACCGAGUCAUUCGAGAAGCAGGGGCCUCAAUUAGUGUGUGAUCUCUGUCAUUCACGCAAGGUCCGGUGCGAUAGGCGCGAUCCAUGUGGCAAUUGCCAGGAUGCAGGCAUAUCCUGUAAUCGUCGGCGAACUGUGAAGCGCAAGUGUCUUAGUACUCGCCCCCGGGCUCACUCCCGCAGCCCUUCACACAGUUCUCGACGAAAAGUAACACCUGAUCACCAUUUUGAUGAAGUUCACUUGACAGAUGAAGUUAUACCAGUCCUCCGCUCUAACCCAAGUCGUAAUUUCGAUCUACGUGGGGUUAAAACUGGGGUUUUAUCUGAUCCGGUUUAUGAUGCCCAAAUGACAAUCCAGCAUCAACUAUGCAAUCUGCCGGGUCUCACUCUAGCCAGACGCAGUGUGCUCGAAACAGCUUUGUCUAUUAUCAAGAUCUUGUCUGACAAUUCCAGAUCGCUGGUACAAGACAGCCUUAACGAUCAUCAAGAGCAAGUUUCUUCUCGGAGUCUGUCCGUUGAAUUUCUUACCUGGAUGUUGAAAGAUAUCCGAACGGACAGAUUUGGAAUCUUCGUUGCGGAUUACUUUCGACAUCUUUCUAUUCCAUCAUUGAAGAAGAUGGGUCUUUCACUCCUUCGCGGCAACGUAUCGACUCGCGAAUCAAUCAUCUACACCGUUUGCGUGAAUGCCGUCGCCUACAAGUUCCUCAUUACGCUUGUAAAUCUUGAAGAAGACACCGACCUUGCCUUUGAGUUGAAGAAAAAUUCCACAGAAUAUCGAGCAGCAGCUCAGGCCGCAUUAAAGCAGAUCCCUCUGCUGAUACCCCCGUCUCUCGCGCUAUUACAGGCUAUCAUAUGUGGUAUAUUCCUUCAUCAAGGGUGUGGAGACGUCGAUCUAAGUGGAGACCUCACCAAGGCCGCCUGUAACACCUGCAUUGACUUGGAUCUUCCAACGAAAGUUUUCUGUGGAAAUGCAAGCGAGGAAGAGCUUUUCUGUUUCCUUUGGUGCUACAUUUUGGACAGAAACUAUGCGUUCAAAUCACGAAAUUCACGCUGCCUUCUCGACGUUCAGCUACCGGCCACUUUCAACGAUCUUUAUCCAACUUACCCUCCCAUAGCCGAACACUUCUCGGUUUAUCUAGAUCUUGCUCGGGUGCAGGAUACAAUGCUUUCAUAUCUUCCCGAUAACUCAUUGAAUCACAGCAAUUCCUUAUUACUAUAUGGCACUGGAGAAUACAUGUUGCUGCAGAUGCAAUACAUCGAGCAAAGAAUGACAAACAUUGCUUCCUUGUCGUUUGAGUGGAAAGGACUCGACUCGCAGACCGAAAUGUCCGCCCUCAAGUUCGCCUAUCAAUCAGUCAUGACCGGAAUCCUAUACCUUCUCCAAUCCGAUCCUGGCCAAAACAUCUGCUCAACAGAGAGCUAUCUUCAAUCAGCGCGUCGGGAACUUUCAGCACUUGUAUCCAUGUGUCAAUCGGCGAAGAAGCAAACUGCAGUCAAUUUUUUGAACUGGACGAUUUUGCUCUACCCAGCGACGGCAUACCUCAUUCUAUUCUGCAAUGUCAUCGCGACAUCUGACAUCGGCGAUUUCAACCUCAUGAAAGCAAUUGCGGAUUGCCUCGCUCAGAGUGGAAUCAGCUACCCUCUUGUACAAUUACGAACACUCUACCAGAAAUUCUUGGGCCUUUCUCAGGAGUUUUUCAACGAUGAGCGCAAUGCGCUUCAACGGAUCAGUGCGCCUCAACUGGGAAGUCCGUUGACUGACCCUGUUGAGAACCCAUUUGCGAUUACAUGGGGUGCGGAUGAUUCAAUUUUCAACCAGUUCGUUUUCACUGGAUCAGAGAGUUUCUCUGGUAUGUUGAGUCUGCCGGAGCUUGAUCCGUCUCUGCCAUACAAUUUUGAUUGA